GACGGAGGCACUGGCUGCGUCUAGCUCACUUGGGGACAGUCUGAAGCACAAAAAACUCCUCUGCUUGGGGAUUUCUCAUGUGCAUCUGAUAAAGUUCCUCAGAUCAAUGUCAGCGAAACAGCAGCAAACCAACAUUAAUUCCUGGACAAGUGGUGUGGUGGAGCUUUGAUUCCUGAUUGAGAAGAAGCCAGCUUUAAUAUUUCCACCCAAAACAUUUCUUCUGUUUGUGAUCCUCGGAGAUUUGUUCACUUUUUUUGCGGAUUUGUGUUGACGGCUGAUUUGCCAGUUUGUACCUCCCCUAGAUACAUAAUGUGAAUAUGGCUGGCAAGGUGCGCCCUCCCGGUCCUGAUAGUUUGCGGCCAUUUACCAGAGAGUCCUUGGCUGCGAUAGAGAAGCGCAUUGAGGAGGAGAUUGCCCGGAAAGCCAAACAGAUUGAGGGGCUCGAUGAGAAAGUACUGAAACCCAAAAAUGGACUGGAGGCCGGAAAGAGCUUGCCUCUUAUAUAUGGAGAUCCACCACCUGCACUUAUUGGGAUUCCCUUAGAGGAACUAGAUCCUUUUUAUGCCACUCAAAAGACAUAUAUUGUCUUAAACAAAGGAAAAGCUAUAUUCCGAUUCACAGCCACAAAAGCCUUGUAUCUACUGGAUCCAUUUAAUCCAAUCAGAAGAGGGGCUAUGAAAGUCUUAAUCCAUUCAUUGUUUAGCUUAUUUAUUAUGUUUACCAUCUUAGCAAAUUGUGUUUUUAUGACCAUGAGUGACCCACCACCGUGGUCCAAGAAUGUAGAGUACACGUUUACUGGAAUUUACACCUUUGAGUCCUUAAUAAAAAUCUUCGCUCGGGGAUUUUGUAUUGACAGUUUUACAUUCCUCAGAGAUCCCUGGAACUGGCUGGAUUUCUGUGUCAUUGUUAUGGCUUACACCACAGAGUUUGUAGAUUUGGGGAAUGUGUCUGCUCUCAGGACAUUCCGUGUACUCCGUGCUCUUAAAACAAUCACAGUAAUUCCAGGCCUGAAGACCAUUGUUGGUGCCUUGAUCCAGUCAGUGAAGAAGCUCUCAGAUGUGAUGAUCCUCACCCUCUUCUGUCUUGCUGUCUUUGCCCUCAUUGGCCUUCAGCUCUUUAUGGGAAACCUGAGGCACAAAUGUGUUCUAUGGCCACCCCCCGAUGACUAUUUCAUACUUUUUGACAACAGUACCUUAAACGCCACACUAUAUAAUGAUACAGCGAUCAACUCCACUCUCAGCAACAGCACAGAGGUGUUUAACAACUACACCAUUGACUGGGAUGCCUACCUCAAUGAUGAAGCCAAUUUUUACUUCCUGGAUGGAGCAAGUGAUGCUCUUCUGUGUGGGAACGGCAGCGACGCUGGGAAAUGUCCGGAAAGUUAUACUUGUAUGAAAACUGGAAGGAAUCCUAAUUACGGGUACACCAGCUAUGACUCCUUCAACUGGGCUUUUCUUGCCCUUUUCCGCUUAAUGACACAAGACUUCUGGGAGAAUCUUUUCCAGUUGACACUACGAGCAGCUGGUAAAACCUACAUGGUCUUCUUUGUGAUAGUAAUAUUUCUGGGGUCUUUCUACCUGAUUAACUUGAUCCUUGCUGUGGUGGCCAUGGCAUAUGCAGAACAGAAUGAAGCCACCAUCCAAGAAGAAUUAGAAAAGGAAAGAGAGUUCCAGGAGCUUUUGGAGCAGUUGAAGAAACAUCAAGAAGAGCAAAAACGUAGGAAGUCCAGUGUUGCCUCAGUUGGGCUCAUCAACACAGCAAAGAAAAAAGCUCUUUCAGAGCACAGCCUUGCUGGGGAUGGCACAGAAAAUAUGGACUGCAACGGGCGAGCGGUGCCCAAAGUUAUAUCUGAUCAUGUGCCUUCUUUGGAGGAUACAAGCUCAGCACAGUCAAAUCAACAGAGGAAUUCUACGAUUUAUUUGGAGGAGCCAACUCUGCAGAAAAGAGCAGAGAGCAACCACAGUGUCGAGUCAGAAGUUGCUCUUGAAGAACUGGAAGACGUUAAUCAAAAAUGCCCUCCCUGGUGGUACAAGUUUGCUCACACCUUUUUGAUCUGGGAUUGCUGUGUUCCAUGGGUGAAGUUUAAGGAAUUCGUAAGGUUUGUGGUCAUGGAUCCCUUUGUCGACUUGGGAAUCACCAUUUGCAUCGUACUUAACACCCUUUUCAUGGCCAUGGAACAUUACCCUAUGACAGAGGAAUUUGAGAAUGUUCUGGGUGUAGGAAACUUGGUCUUCACUGGCAUAUUUGCAGCUGAAAUGUUCUUCAAGAUCAUAGCCCUGGAUCCAUAUUACUACUUCCAAGUGGGGUGGAACAUAUUUGACAGCAUUAUAGUCACCUUGAGUUUGGUGGAGUUGGGCCUUGCAAAUGUAGAAGGCCUGUCUGUGCUCAGAUCGUUCCGUCUGCUCAGGGUUUUCAAGCUUGCCAAAUCAUGGCCAACCCUUAACAUGCUCAUCAAAAUCAUCGGUAACUCAGUCGGAGCUCUUGGAAACCUGACUUUGGUGUUGGCCAUCAUUGUCUUCAUCUUUGCCGUGGUGGGGAUGCAGCUGUUCGGGAAGAGCUACAAGGAAUGCGUGUGCAAGAUUGCUUCCGACUGCGAGCUGCCACGGUGGCACAUGCAUGACUUCUUCCACUCUUUUCUCAUUGUCUUCCGGAUCCUGUGCGGGGAGUGGAUUGAGACGAUGUGGGACUGCAUGGAAGUGGCGGGGCAAGCCAUGUGCCUGGUCGUGUUUAUGAUGGUCAUGGUGAUCGGUAACCUGGUGGUCCUCAAUCUCUUUUUGGCUUUGUUGCUGAGUUCCUUCAGCGCGGACAACUUAUCGGCCUCGGAUGAUGAUGGGGAGAUGAACAACCUACAGAUUGCUCUUGGAAGGAUCACCAGGGGAAUUGACUUUGUGAAGAAAACUUUCUUCUCUAUCCUGCACUUUAAGAGGAAGCCAAAAACCGAACAGAAGGAAGAGGACCCUAACAAAGAAAACAUUGCUCUCAACCAGACAGAACCAGAACCCAAGACAGAACUGGAACCCAAGACAGAACCUCCACUGAUUGAUGGUGUGACUAAAAAAGAACGUUAUUUCUUGGAUGAAUUUGACCACGUCAAUUUUAUUAACAACCCAAACAUUUGUAUAGAAGUUCCUAUCGCAUCAGAAGAGUCCGACUUUGAAAUUCCAGAUACGGAUGAGUUUAGCACACAGUCGGAGGUGGAGGAACACAAGCAGAAGUAUGGCGACGGCUCUUCAAUGUGUAGCACAGCAGAUUACAAACCUCCAGAACCCAAAGAGGAAGAGGAGGCCUUAGAAGAAAAAGAAGAGGAAGGCCCAGAGGAAUGUUUCACUGAGGGUUGUGUGCGCCGAUUCCCUUGUCUUUAUGUCGACAUCACAACAGAAAAAGGGAAAAUCUGGUGGAACAUUCGGAAAACAUGUUUUGUGAUUGUGGAGCACAACUGGUUUGAAACCUUCAUCAUCUUCAUGAUCUUACUCAGUAGUGGAGCACUGGCAUUUGAGGAUAUCUACAUUGAACAGAGGCAAGUGAUAAAGACUGUCCUGGAAUACGCUGAUAAAGUCUUUUCAUAUAUCUUUGUGUUUGAAAUGCUACUCAAGUGGGUGGCAUAUGGCUUCAAGGUCUAUUUCACGAAUGCUUGGUGUUGGCUGGACUUCCUAAUUGUUGAUGUGUCUUUAAUCAGCCUGACAGCCAACUGGUUGGGUUACUCUGAACUUGGCCCCAUCAAAUCCCUUAGAACCUUGAGGGCCCUCAGACCGUUACGAGCGUUGUCAAGAUUUGAAGGCAUGAGAGUGGUUGUGAACGCCCUUCUAGGAGCCAUUCCUUCUAUCAUGAAUGUCCUGCUGGUUUGUUUGAUCUUCUGGCUCAUCUUCAGCAUCAUGGGUGUUAAUCUCUUUGCUGGGAAAUUUUAUCGAUGCAUCAACACAACCACGUCAGAAUUAUUUGAGCUCGACGUGGUCAACAACCGCUCCGAAUGCCUUGCUUUAAACAACACAGAGCAAGUGCGAUGGGUUAAUGUCAAAGUGAAUUUUGACAAUGUGGGCCUUGGGUAUCUCUCCCUUCUACAAGUGGCAACUUUCAAAGGCUGGAUGGAUAUCAUGUAUGCUGCUGUAGAUUCCCGGAAUAUUGAGGACCAGCCGCAAUAUGAAAUCAAUCUCUAUAUGUAUUUGUACUUUGUCAUAUUCAUCAUUUUUGGAGCCUUUUUCACUCUAAACCUGUUCAUUGGCGUCAUUAUCGACAACUUCAAUCAGCAGAAGAAAAAGUUUGGAGGUAAGGACAUCUUUAUGACUGAGGAACAGAAGAAAUACUACAACGCUAUGAAAAAGCUCGGGUCCAAAAAACCUCAAAAACCAAUUCCAAGACCCACGAACAAAAUUCAAGGUUUGGUGUUUGACUUGGUCACAAAGCAGGCCUUUGACAUUGUCAUUAUGAUUUUAAUUUGCCUCAACAUGGUGACGAUGAUGGUUGAAACAGACGAUCAGAGCCAGGAAAAAACUGAUAUUCUUUUCAAGAUCAAUCUGGUGUUCAUUGUCGUAUUUACGAGUGAAUGUGUUCUCAAAAUGUUUGCUCUCAGGCACUACUUUUUCACAAUUGGAUGGAACAUAUUUGACUUUGUGGUGGUCAUCAUUUCUAUUGUCGGUAUUGUUCUCUCGGAUCUCAUAGCAGAAUACUUUGUUUCACCAACACUUUUCAGAGUCAUCAGACUGGCGAGAAUCGGUAGAGUUCUUCGUCUCAUUAGAGGAGCAAAGGGAAUUCGCACACUACUUUUUGCCCUAAUGAUGUCUCUCCCCGCUCUAUUUAAUAUUGGGCUUCUGCUUUUCUUAGUUAUGUUCAUCUAUUCAAUCUUUGGAAUGUCCAAUUUUGCCUACGUAAAGAAAGAAUCCGGAGUAGAUGACAUAUUUAAUUUUGAAACCUUUGGAAACAGCAUAAUAUGCUUGUUCCAAAUCACCACAUCUGCUGGUUGGGAUGGUCUUCUAAAUCCAAUCCUAAAUAGUGGCCCUCCAGAUUGUGACCCUCAUAUGGAGAACCCUGGAACAACUGUUACUGGUGAUUGUGGUAACCCGGCUAUAGGUAUAGUUUUCUUCUGCAGCUACAUCAUCAUUUCAUUUUUAAUAGUUGUCAAUAUGUACAUUGCCAUUAUCCUGGAGAACUUUAAUGUUGCCACUGAAGAGAGUGGCGAGCCAUUAUGUGAGGAUGACUUUGAGAUGUUUUAUGAAACUUGGGAGAAGUUUGAUCUGGAUGCCACGCAGUUUGUUGAUUACAGUCGGAUGUCAGACUUUGUAGACACUUUGGAAGACCCUCUACGAAUUCCAAAGCCUAACAAAAUAAAACUAAUUACUAUGGAUCUUCCGAUGGUAAUUGGAGAUAAGAUUCACUGCUUGGACAUUCUAUUUGCACUCACUAAAGAGGUGUUGGGGGACUCAGGAGAAAUGGAUGCAUUAAAAGAAUCAAUGGAAGAAAAGUUUAUGGCUGCAAAUCCAUCAAAAGUGUCUCGUGAACCAAUCACCACCACUCUGAAAAGGAAGCAGGAAGAAGUCUGUGCCAUCAAAAUCCAGAGGGCUUUUAGGAGAUAUCUACUGAAGCGUUCGGGGAAACACGCUUCCCGACAGAGUAACGAUGAAGAGACACCAGCUGAGGGAUCUCCUGAAAAAGAAGGGUUGAUGGCAGAUAGAAUUCAUGCAGCAUAUGACAAAUAUGAAGAGGAAGGACGAGAUGGUGGAGCUCACCGCCCAAGAGCAACAAACAGGAGUUCAUGCAGCAGUAUAGAUCAUGAUGUAAGGGAGACCGAUGUGUAGACCUUCAUAAGCAUAUGGUGAAAUUUGACUUUGGUGUCAGAAUAAGCUGGUUUGAGGCAAUUCUUAAGUGUAUAAUGUAAUAUAACAUACACAUAUAUGGAAUCUCUGCUCAGUUUAUUAAGAGAGAAGAGGGAUGUGGUUUAAAACACCGAGACAUGCAGUUGAAUCUGAUAGCCCACCAGUCCGUCACUUUCUAGAUGAUAAAUACCAGAAUAAAAGAUCUAAAUUUUGUAUUAAUACAAAUACGAAAACUUCAGUGCUCAAUUCUGAGCCUAAAAGAAGUAAAGGAGACAUCUAGGCCACAUGAGCCUUAUAACCAAAUUCAGCCUUGACUAUGCCUCUCCAAUCUUGGACCCCAUAUUGUAUUCUAUUGACUUAUUUCUAGAACUAAAUGACGUUCAUCGUGUAAGAUCACAGCAAAGUAGCAAAACAGGUAUUUUUUAAAUAUGUAAAAGCCCAGGUGAUUAUUUUCUGUUUCUUAAUUGUUUUCCUACAAUUGUAAAAGCGUUAAAGUACAGUGAAGAUGUUUUCUGACUAUUUUUCAAAAGAUUUUUUCUUGUAUUUUCCUCAUUAAAAAGUAAAAUGUGGAAAUGCACAACUACAAACCGUACCCCUUUGGGUCUGCGAUCAUCGAAUAAGGAGAAUCACUGCACAGUUUAUUGUGGCUGAUAAUCUUCAUGUUUAAAUGCAGCUCUAAUUGCAGUUUACUCCUACACACAUAUGGGUCUGUUUACAUUUAAAACCACAUAUUAAUAUAUCAGAAUUGCAAGUUCCUCAGAGACACAACACUAAAAAAAAACAGGAGAAAAAUUAAAGUUAAACUCAAAACUGCAAAACACUGCACCGCUGAGCCUAUUUCUUUCUUUUUCUUCCCUUGCAGUAAAUUAGCUCUCAAGUUGGCCUCAGGCUAUGAAUAUAAUGUGAGUGUUUGGAGCAUGAUUUACACAAUGUGUAUUUGGCUGAAAAAAAUGCAAUAAAGAGAUGAUUUUGUAAUUUU